AUGGUGCUCGAAACCUCCACCGGCAAGGUCAUCGCCUUGAUCAUCGCCCCGUUUCUUUUACGGUUACUCUUCUCAUACUUAAACUCUCCCUUGAGAUCUUUCCCCGGUCCCUUUUGGGCCCAAUUCACCGAUUUAUGGCGCGUUCUAGACUACUGGAGAUGCACGCAGAUCCAAACCCACCAGCAGCUUCACGAGCGGUUGGGGCCAGCUGUUCGAAUUGGACCAAACAUGAUCAGCUUGAGCGAUCCGAGCUUGCUUAAGACAGUGUAUUCGACUGGAGGAGAUUUCGUCAAGAUUGAAAAUGUCUUCAGCACUCGCAGCAAUGCCUUUCACAGUCGAUACAUGAAACCAUGCCAGAAAUACUUUGCAAUGAAUGCCAUCCUAGAAAAAGAACCCAUCGCAGACAAGAUGGUCAUUUUACUCUGCCAGCAGCUUGAGAACCGCUUUGUAGACGGAAAAAAUGCUGGCAAGACGGCUCCAUUGGCAGAUUGGAUUGAAUACUGCGCUUGGGAUCUGGAUUGGGAGCUGACUUUCAGCCAGGACAUGGGUUUUCUCAAGUCAGGAACGGAUGUCAAAAACAUCAUUCACACUGGAGAGAUGAUUAUGCGUUAUCUUGGCUGUAUUGGCCAAAUGCCAUUACUCGACAGACUCCUAGGGAAAAACCCGUACUGCCCUAUCAAAUUUGCCACGUUUGAAAACGCGGCUAUUUACAGCUUUCAGCGCGUGAUGGAACGAGUAGCUAGCCAGGAUGCAAAGUCGCGGCAGGACUUUCUGGGUAAUUUCCUCGAGGCUAAACAGCAAUACCCUGAUAUUGUCAGCGACAAUGACGUCGUCAGAUACCUGAUGAUGAAUGUACUUGCUGGUGCUGAUACGACUGCUAUUGUCAUGAAGGCAAUCGCCUACAAUGUUCUCACGCAUCCAUCCGUAUUCAAAACUCUCCGCGCCGAGUUAGAUGCAGCACACUUGAGCUUUCCACCAAGUUACGAGCAAACCAAAGAGCUACCCUACCUCAACACAGUCAUCAAAGAGGGUAUGCAAAUGCACCCCGUCAUCUGCGGAAUUCUUGAGCGUGUCGUUCCUGAUUGCGGCUUGACUCUCCCCGAUGGCCGUGUGAUAGCACCAGGGACGAAAGUUGGCAUCAACCCGUGGGUUUUGUCGCGAAACAAGGAUGUUUAUGGUACAGAUUCUGAUAAAUUCCGCCCUGAACGCUGGCUUUGCUCCGAAAACGAGGAUGAGGAUGCAUACUUGGCACGGCUAAAGAAGAUGAACGAUGCUGACUUGACGUUUGGUUCUGGCAAACGGGUAUGCGUGGGUAGGAACAUGGCGAACCUUGAAAUUCACAAGGUCAUCUCAACAUUAUUUGGUCGAUACGAUAUUCAGUUGGAUCAUGCCGUCAAAGAAUGGUCACCGCGUUGGUGGUGGUUCACGUUUAUCGACAAUAUUGAAGUCAAGAUCCAACACCGUCAAAAUGUGGCCUCGGUUGAAUUAAACGCGAAGGAUGCUUAG